UCCAGGCAGCCUGUUGAAUACAGUUAACCUAGCGUGCGCAUUUUUCUUUCUCUUUUAGGGUAAAAGCGUAACGUUACAGAUAAUUUCAAAUACGUGUCAAUGUCAAGUAAACCUUUCUAAUGCUAUUUGAACGAAAUAAUGCUCGGCAAACGAGCCAAGCCGCUCGCCUGAACUGAAACAAUACCUUUAGCCCGUGAAGCAGGAGUCAAAAACCUUUUUCCACUAUGUUAAAAUUCAGCUUCAGGAGGGAGAAGGACAAGGAGUUUAAGCAUAUAGCUCAUGGUUUGAUCCCUGCCGCCUCCAUUGCUCCCAAGCCUGCUGUGCCUCGCACCCCGCCCCCUCGCAGCCCAAACCCCUCACCUGAGAGACCCAGAUCAGCCUUAGCAGCAGCCAUCUUGUCUUCUACGCUCACUGGACAAACAUGGGCCAUCCCCCCUGUCCGGCCGAGAUCUUUCUCUGAGAGUGGCCUUUCAGAGUCUUUCAUAUCUGAACCAAACAUCAGCACAGCACUUUUCAACAGAGACAGAUGGUCAGAAGAUUUGGCGAGCCGACCACGCCUGUCCUCCCCUGACCAUUCAGAGGAGGAGUUGGAAGACAAGGAAGAGGAGGUGGAGAGUGAAGAGGACAGGGAAGAACAUGUUUACCAAACUCUUGACAGAGGGAAUAAUUGUUCAAUCACAGAACCAGUCUAUUCCCGGCCACUAAAACAUAAGAACAGUACACCCCAGUUUUUUCAGAUGUCUGGCAGAAGAGGGCCUUCUCCAGAUUUCUCUGAGGAAAGCAGUUUCCAGCCUCCUGAAGCCAGCGGGGAUUCUUCCAAGAAGAAAGCCUGUGUCAGGAGGAGCCUUGGAAGUCGGAAAGAAGAUGUGCCGGCUGCGCUACCCAUCCUAACCACUGCCCAUUCCAGCCAAGCUAAAAACCCAAAACACCCGACCCGGCUGUCUCCAGAGCCCAGCAAGUCAUGCGAUGAGGUGCACAGGGAGGUAGCGUGGGCCUUGCCAGAGAAAAACACAAGGAUGGUAGAUGAACAAAAGAUUCUGGAGGAGAGGCUGCAACGGCUGGAGCAAGAGAUCAAUAACGGCCAAGCCGCAUCAAACGCCAGGUUAUCAGCAGGCACUCAGGCAGAGCUACUGAAUUUGAGGCAACACGCUCAGGAGCUGGUGGAUGAAAAUGACGCCCUCAAAUUGACAGUUCACCGCCUGAACGUUGAGCUGAGCCGUUACCAAACCCACUUCAGACCAUUGUCCAAACAGGAGGGCUCCAGAAUCAGUGGCUUACCAAAGACAGGGUCUCCUCCUCCCUGGCUGCUUGACAUGAAGUAUUUAUCUCCUCUGCUGCUGGCCUAUGAAGACAGGAUGAACGAGAAAGAUGCACUUCUGCAAACUACUGAGGAGGAGGUGAAGAGGUUGCGUGUUCAUGUAGAGGAGGUGGUAAAAGAAAAUGAGAGACUCCAUGAUGAAAUUGCAAAGAUCGGAGGGGUCGGCCAGAAGAACUGUCAUCAGCUACAACAACAGGCCCUUCUGGUUCUGCAGGAGAAUCAGGUUCUGAUUGAUCAGCUCGAGGCUCAGCAUGUUAAGGCGAAGGCCAGCCACAGCAGACAUCAGUCCGAAGUUUCCAAGGUGUCUAAGCAACUAAUAUUGUUAGAGGUGGAAAAGCAGCGUUUGCAGGAAGGCCUGCAAGAGAGCAGGAGGGAGGCUCAGAACAAUGGGAAAGAAUUACAAAUUCUGCAGGUCCGCCUGAAGGACGCCAUCACCUGGGACGAACACUGCAACAUCGCUGGGAAACUCAGACGACAAUCGGAGCAGCAAGACAGUAAGAAUAAAAGUGAGACAGACGAGUUGCUUAUCAGAUUGUCCACCCUGCAAGAGGAGAAUAGGAGUCUGGCUCUGGACAAAGCCAACCUGACUGCUGAUCUAAAGACAAUGGAGGCUGAGUGGGAACUCACCAAACAAGCCAACAGGAAGGCAGAGAGGAGGAUGAGUGUAUUGAAGAGACAGAAAGAAGAGUGUGUGGUGAAAGAGGAGAAGACUCGGCAUUACAUUGGAGCUGUCAUUUCUGUGGCGGAGCAGAUUUCCCAGGAGAGAGACCAACUAAUACAGAUGGCUUCGGUUCUUCAGCAGGAAAAGCAGGGAUUCGUCAGCAGGAUUCUGAAUGGCACAGUUCGAUUCGGAAAACUACAGGAAGAAGUCAAAGUGUACCGGAGGCAGGCAUCAACCAGACUCGCAGUGUUGGAGGAGGCAGCAGAGGGGAGGACAGCUUCUUACCAGAGGGAGAUCCUUCACCUGCAGAAGCUGCUAAGAGAAAGACAGGACGCUGAGGAGAGACUGCUGCAGUCCAAACGAGAAGUAGAGGAAGAGCUGGAGGUGGUGUGGCAGGCAGCAACCAGGGAGAACCAGCAGAUGAGGGAGACUCUUUUGGACUCGAGGCCCACUGCGGAGCUCCCCAGCAGUGUCCCUUCUGGCUGGCCUUCUCAGGCUCCGGAUGAAGCCACUACAUCCACCCGACAUCAAGCACACAGCUCCGGGCUUCUCCUCUUCACCUCUCAUGAAAGCCCUGGUCUGAAGAGAAGGUCCAUAUUUAAAACUGACUCAGAUCACCAAAACAACUCCUUGGACGAGAAGCAAAAGCAUGGGCUGGAUUUCUAUUGCUAAGAUUCUUGGAGCCAUAAACGUAUAAAUGUCCACUCAUAAUGGCAACAUAGACUGGGUAGAUAACUGCAUUAGUUACAGUUCUGAAUAUGCCAACGUACAGGCAUCUUUCCUAAACUUGCACCAUCCUUUGUAAGAAGCUCAUAACUGUAUUUAAAUACAUUGUAAGCUCCUCUGGUGGAAGCCUGUAUGGACAGUGAAGGGGAGGCUAUAGUAUUCUGGGUAAAUUCACUUCAAACUGGGUUUGGACACAAGGAUUGCAGUAAAACAUAUAAUACACUGGAAGGGGAAACAAAUCAUAAUUAAACAGCUCACUUUACAACACAGCUCAGUUUUGACAAUGUGGCCAAAUAUACCUGACAUCAGUCUGGAUAUUCAGGAAGACAUUUUAUAAAGAUGUGUUAUCUAUUUGGGUUUUAUAGACCCUGCCAUAUAUAAUAGAUGAACAAUUUCAACCCACUAGUGGAGAAAGUAGCAUUAUUUAGCUUGAUUAAGGCUAUUGUAUCUUAAAGAACAUAGCCAACGCUGCAACCUGCUGGGCACAGAUGGUAAUGGUAUUAUCAUGGUCACAGUGGUUCAUGGUACUGAACAGGCAGACAAGGAAAAGCUACAGGUACAUGAGUAUGUUCAAAAUGAUCAAAACAACAGUGACUGAUUUAGAAGAGAUACUGUUGAUGUUUUUAUAAGCUUGUUUUGAAAAUAAUAAAAAUACAAUAAAAAAGGUUAAACAAGUGUUAGAAUCAAAUAAGUCUUUGCACAAAGAAUGCACAUCUAUUUAUAUAUGCUUGGCUCUAUUUUACUACCUUUUUUUAACUAUCAGUUUAUAUUUUGCCACGGGCCUGAUUUAGCUGAAUUUGUUAACUGAUUCUGACUUGCAAUUAAAUCUGCUUUAUAC